UUAACCACAAUCUCUAUGGCUGUAAAUCGAUGGAUCACGGAAUUAGCCUUAUAAUAAUUCUUGCUCAAAACCAGAGUGAAAAGUUAGGUCUGCAUUGAUAUUCAUCUAUGAAUAUGCUUUGGGAAAGAGUUGAACAAAUACUUGCUUGGACUUUGUAUUUUGGACACACUCCAAAGACUGCAUAGUUCUCCCAUUUUGGAAGUCUCUUUGUAGCAAGGAACGUUACACAAAAUGCUGCAAGUGAAUGACUGCCGCUUUGAAAAAAAGGUCAUCAAGAAAACUUUGGAAACCAGUAAUUUGGACUUCAAUGGCUUUCUGCAAGUUGUGAAAAAGGAAUUUGCUGUCCCUUCACAUGAAACUUUUGUUUUGACCACAACUGACAGAAUAGUAGUGGACGAUAUAAAAUUUGACAAGGUGAAGAAUGAGAGGACCCUCUACCUACUACGAGCAAAAGACCAAGACCUCCCAGCUUCAGUUAAUGAGGAGGUUAAAUUUGUUCCUCACUACAACACACUGACUGAGUGUGGGACAAAUGAAUACUUCACCGAGGGCCAGAAAUCACUACCUUGUGCUCUUGCUGAGCUGGUGGACAACGCUCUUUCAGCUACUGCAAAAAACACUGGACUCAGGGAGAUAGAGAUAAGGGUGAUGUUUGACAGAACUUUUGGGAAACCUGCAAUAAUUGUCUUAGAUAAUGGGUGCGGAAUGACCUCAAAGCAGCUCAAUAACUGGGCCGUGUACAGACUCUCUAAGUUCACGAGGGAUAACAGCCUGUUUGAAGGGGAAAGAGAGGGGUAUGUUUUCCCUGAUCCUGUACCUCUGAGUCUCAACAGUGACAUAUCUUUUUUUGGAGUUGGAGGAAAAAGAGCAUGUUUCCACAUGGGCAAUGCUGUCAGAAUGAUCAGCAAACCAGUUGGCUCUCCAGAUAUUCAUGAGCUGGUUCUGUCGAAGGAGGAAUUUCAGAAAAAGGAGCAGAAAAAAGAGGAUGUUUACAGAGGGACCAUUCUAAACAGAAGGCCUGGUGACUUCUCACACAUAACAGAGGAAGAACGGUUCCUUCGUAAAAUCAUCAGUGAAGAAACUGGAAAGAACAGCUUCACUGUGGUUGUCAUAACAGGAGUUUCUCAUGAUCACAUCAAAUACCUGAAAGAGGACUUUGAUGAGUGGACCAGAGAGCUAGCCCACAUCUAUCAUUAUUACAUUCAUGGAGUCAAUGGAAACUGCAAAACAGACAUUUCACAAAGAUCAGAGAACUUGCCAAGAAUUGACAUUCUUGUAACAUUGCAGGCUUCCCAGAGCCCACGUACGAUCAAUCUCAGACAAGUGGAUGAUGACAUGCAAACACAAUACAUAAAUGCAGCCACAGACACAUUUGAGUUUAGGGCGGAAACUAUGGAUCAUGGCAUUGUUGAGGGUGUUCUUAGAUACCAUCCAUUUCUCUAUGACAGAGAGACCUAUCCUAAAGAUCCAUAUGUCAAACAAGUCCCUGGUAAGGAUGAUUAUAAUGAUGAUGAUGAUGAAAGGGAGUCUACCGCCAUAAAUCAGGCAAGGGGGAAGAGGGACAUCUUUGAAUGUUACUGGAAUGGACGUCUCAUCCCCUACACAACGAUUUCUGAUUUUGACUGGUGCCAAAGGAAAAGGGGAUCAAACUUACCUCCACAGUGUUACAAUCGCUUUUCUGGUGUGCUUUUCACUGACGGAAAAUUUAUGGUCAACGCCAACAAGUUAAAAUUCAUGAAACUUGAGAAGCAGCUGAAAACUGGGGAUACGAUUUUUACCUCUGGAAAUCGUGCUCAGAAAACCUCUAAAAGAGCCAACAUUCAAAAAGAGUUUACCCGGUGGCUCCAAAACUGUCAUGAAAAGUUUGACAAAGAGGUGAGAUUUAUUGGCUAUAAAGAAACUGUGACGCGACCAGAAUUGGAGACUCAGAAAAAGCAAUAUCCCUGGGCAGUGUUUUCCUCCAUCGAACUUGAUGGCAAAAGAUAUGAUACAGGGAAAACUCUAAAGUUUCAGAAGACACCACAAAUUCUUUAUGGGUCUGUGAUAAAUUUUCUCUUGUAUGGAAAUCAUCAAGAAGACUUGUUUGCCACAGGUGGAGAAGUGAAGAUCAAACGUGAGCCUGAAGGACUCUAUGAUGAGAUGACCAAGGUUAUACCCAUUACUAAAAUUGACAGAACUGCCACUGAUGAAAGCAUCAAAAAACACAUUGAGUCUGAAAGGAAGAAGCUACCAGAACACCUAAAAGUGGACUGGCCAGAGGGUAAUCCUUUGCCUAAAAAUGCUGUUUUGCUUGCUGGGACUCCUUUAGGACCUCUCAAAGUUGAAAUUCUAAAUGGAGACAAAGCCCCAAUCUCAUCAAGAAUACAUACAGGGGGCAAGGGGCCAAGGAUAAAUCUGGGAGUUUUGCUUCAGGUGGAGUUCAAUGAUAUAUCCGAAAACAUCAAGGUUUUUAGUAUCACCGCCCCUUAUUCAAAAAAUGGAUACUGGUUCACAAAAAUUGAAAACUUGAGGAGCUUGGGGAAGUACACACUGACUCUAAAUGCUGUGUUGAAUGAAAAUGGUGCUACGGUCUAUGGUGGCAGAGAGCUGCCAAGCUAUGUACAUGUUUUUACAAUCAAGGAAGGAAAUGCUGAGAGAUUUACUGUGCGGUUAAGUUCCUCUCAGCGUGUAGGGGUGCCUUUUGACAUUAAUCUAAAGAUGGAGGAUUGUUAUGGCCACCCCACAAAACCUCCUCCUCAACUCCAACCUGAACUUCAGUGCAGUGAUCUGAAUCCAAGGUUUGAGACAACAGCUCGUAGUGAGAACAUGAUAACUAUCAAAGGUGUCAAAGUCACAGGAAAACUGCCAGACUAUCAACAAACCAAGGUAAUUGCUUUGAAUUUUGACCUUAAAGUGAUACUGCCUGGGCUUAAGGAUGAUACAAAGACUGUCAAGCUUACCCUUUCCCCUGGGAAUCCUCAUUCACUUAAUGUUGAAUCAAACACUGACUCAGUGGAGAAUGGAAACCCAGUCUGCUUUAUGAUUGAAGUCCAUGAUGAAGCUGGAAACAUCACAGCUAAAUCUAAGCAAGAAGUUCGCUGCCAGAUUCGGGGGUUGCCAUCUGUGAUAAAAGACUGCAGCACAGGAAAAGCUGAACUUGUCUCAGUUCCCAUUAACCGAGAAAUACUCAAUGGAGAGCAACAAAUACUCCAAGCUAAAUUUGACAUGCCUGGCCAGAAGCAGGUUAAAGCAAUCACUAAGGAGCUGGUGGUCAUGCCCAGCAAUCGUAUCUGUCGCAUGGAGCUUUUCUGUAAGAGUAAGGAAAUGCUGGUCUUAAGGAACAAUGAAAAUAUUGAUUGGCAAGCUGGAGGAGUGCUGGAGAACCUGUUUUAUAAGCUGUAUGAUGAGGCUGCAAGAGAGGUCCCAAUCACGGCUGAAAUUGCCUCCAAUAUUAAGGUUACAUGGAAAAGAGACAUUGAUCAGAGAGAUUUGCUGAUGGGAAAGCUACCAGAUCUACAUGUUAGCACUCAUGUGCAGGAAAAGCACUACUACGAGGUCUCCUACCGGGACAAGAACGUAUCCUCCUGCUUUAAAAUUGUACCUUGCCCAGAUGAACCAGCACAACUAAAAUCCACUCUGACUCAAAGCACAUUAAAGCUUGGAGAAACCUUAUCUGGACACAUCAAGUUGCAGCUUGUGGACAAGUAUGAUAAUGUAUGCAAGAAGCUCACCCCCAUGUGUGCUCAGUUGUUUUCUGUGGAAGCUGAGGGUCUGGACAAAUCAGAAAUCAAAUUCAAAUGGAACGAGCGCGGCAGCUCAAUUGGGGUGAUGGGAAUUCGUUUCCUGUCAGUGUCUCCUGGUCCCAGAGUCAUUUGCUUCAGUUACAAACACUUCACUAAACAGGUCAUCCUCCAAGUAACACCAGGAAUGCCUUUCCAACUUAAACUGGUCAGCGGUCCGGAACAGCCAUUGCAGGUAUUGAAUUGUCAAGGUAUUCCAACACCAUUUACUGUCCAGCUAUGUGAUAAGUGGGGAAAUCCUUCUCCGGACAAAAACUUAACUGUUGAGAUGAAACCUUCACCCGAGACACUAAAGCUGACACAUGUUGAGUCACAACCCAUGGACUCAGAAGGGAAAGUCUGCUUCACUAUUAAUAAUCUGAAAGGUUCAAAAGGGUCCUACAUACUGAAGUUUAAGGGUUCCUUAAAUGGCAAAUCCAUCCCUGGUCCAUCAGUGGAUCUCAUUCUACUCCCUGAUCCCAACAAACCUGUGAACCUGUCAGUGAAAUACGAUAAACAUGCCAGAUUCCCUGCUGGAGGCACAUUUCCAGAUUUUUCAGUGACUGUGCUCUCUGAAGAGGGGAGUCAGAUGAAGACAUUUAAACCUGAAGAUCUAUCUAUGUCCCUGUGGGAGAAAGGGUCGGCAACACAACCUGAAACAGACAUUAUGCCAAAAUGCGGAAAACCUAUUAAGGAUGAGGAGAAUCACUGUUAUCGAUUUAGAGGAGAAGCAAUCCCAAAACAUGCAGGGGAGUAUACUGUAGAGUUUGCUCUACAAAGCAACAAAACAGAGGAUCAGCUUAGGACUCGGAUCAAUAUAAAGGUGGUGGCUAAUGAACCAAUCAAACUGGAACCCGAAUGCCAGCUAGAAACCCCAGUUGUUUUCCACUGUAUAGACAUCAGCAAUCGAAUAUUGGUUGAAAAUGUGACGCUAAAGAUUAUGGAUCAGCAUGGUAAUCCAGCUGGGCAGGACUUGAACGGUAAGGUGUUAAUCUCAAUGAAGUGUCCUGACGGAGAAAUACCCAGAAGUCUCCCCUUGUUUAAAGACAAAAACAGCCACGUCCAAAUUAGCUUAAAAGAAGGAACUGUCAAUAUUGAUGUGAGUAGCACUCUUUCUGUUGGCCACUUGGCUUUUGUUGCUGAUGAUGAUGCUGCAAGGGUUAUCUCCUGGCACCUGCAGGGAGACAUGGACUGCGUCAUCACCACCACAACACAAGCAGCUCAGAAACUCCACCAAAAAACAAUGGGCAACCAGCAGGUCAUGCCUCUCGACAGCAUUCUUUUGCACCAAGGAAGCCGUUGCAGACCCCUGCCACACAUAAAACAUGGCAGAGAACUUUUUAAACCUACUGGGAACCCAGUCUUUGCCAAGGACCUGCUGAUUUAUCCCCACAAAGAGAGUUGUGAUCCAGAUAAACUGACAAAAGUGUUUAAAAACCUCCUCGGCGACACGAUCCUGAUGGACGACUUUAACUCAGCCACUAACUACAGGAAAGAGGUUGUGGAGAAGGGGAUAUUUUGUCCUACCAUAUUGACCCGAAAGGGAGACAGGGUCAGUGGCAGGGGCAAAUUCGGAGGGAAAAACAACAGAGCACCAUCAAUUGACCAGUUAAAAGUGUUUGGAGCUCCUCUACCACCACACUACUACACACUGAAAGAUCAAAUAGAUGCGCUUCGUGAGUACCAAGCACUAGUGGAGAAAAAAGAAGAAGCAGAAAAGGAGCUUAAUGACCACAAGUUAACAACUUUCGAUGAAAUGCUCCAAAAAGACACGGAGAGAGAGAAAAUCGAUAAGGAGCUAGAAGAGAUUGAAAAAGAACUUGAAUCUGUAUCAUUGAGACCAGGGAAACGAGCUUCUGGAAGCUUGGAGUCGCCUGUGAUCCUUUCAAAGCGCCCCAGAGAGAAAUCUAUGGACAGUCCAGAAAGAUUUUAG